UUCAAGGACGGCACGGGUAGGGAGGGACGCAGAGAAUGAAGCGAGGACCAAGAACGAAUCAGAUCGAGGCAGGCUGGACCGGUGCAGGUCAAGAAAUCUGGGAUGCAUCGGAUUUUCAGCUGCACCUCGCCUCGCUUCUGCCGUGCAGCGAGGCGUAAUACUCUCCUCGCCUCUUCUCUUGACGAUCCAGUGUCUUAUGAGGCAGGUGGUACAUCACAAACCGGAUCCAGACAUGUCGUUGCUCUGUCCGCGAGAGCGACUCGGGCCGAAGCGAAGCCGUCGACGUGGUGCUGCCCACAUCCGUCGGCCCCAGCCAGGAGGGGCCAACGUUGCCACAACCUCGCCUCACGUUCCGGAGCAUCGAUCGAGCUCAUGAUCGCAGCUGCAAAGGUCGCUGUUCCGUGACGGAGCGCGCAGGUGACUCGGAUCCUUCUCAGAGCGCGAGCACGCUGGCUCAGAAGGAAGCUUCAGUGUGACUGAGCGAGUGAAUCCUCACCACGAGCGGACGAUCGCUGGAAGGUGCCAAAUUGUUCGGAUUGAGAAUUUUUAGACGACCGAUGCCGUGCCGGUUCUCCGACGGCAUCGUCGACCUGACUCGCCCGCUCGCAGGCCCGACUAGAUUCCAUCGAUCGAUCGCCAUCUCGGUGCGAAGGCCGGAUUAGCGCCAGCUCAUUAUAUCGAACUAUUUUCAUCGCCGCUCGGGUCCACCAGCGAGCGAGCCGCGUAACCCCAUGCAGGAGCCCCCGACCCCUUCAGUUCUUUCCUCAGUCGACAUCCUGAUCCUGCGGGCAUUAGUACCCUUUGAAAUCAUGGGGGUCCAACGGAAGGGGCUUCAGGACACGUAGCGGAGCUCGGAGGCCUCGCUCGGACGUGUGCUCGGGGCCCGACCGCAGGAGAUUUCCGCCAUCGCCACUCCAAUCCAAUCUGCCCCCCCACGUCCUCGGCCGUUGGGCUCGCGAGGAGAGGGCAUGCAGAUGCAGACGCAGAUGCUUCUUGCUCAUAUUCGCGGCCCGGGACUUGAAGAGGGAGAAGACGGGGGACAGGAGGAGGGGGAGAAAGGUGUCAGACGAACGACCUCAGGUCGGAUUAGAAUGCGCCGUACCACAGACAACGACCUCUCGGACGUGCGUCGAUUGCGAAAGGAAAAAAAUAAUUCAGCAGACUUGCGUGAGAAGUCGGACCUCGAAGGGACAUAAAAGCCACGUACCGUAAGCUCGUCGCUGCAAAAGCUUCUCGUAGUCGGUCACUGCACACGACGACGAUGACAAUCUUGUGGUGCCUAAUCCUGUUCCUCGUACUUCAGAGUGAAGUGUCCGCCCAAAAAGAUGGAUUUAUAAGCAUUGACUGCGGAAGUCAGGAUGCAUACACGGAUGCAAAGACUGGAAUCCAAUGGGUCACCGAUCACGGUUACAUCGGAACAGGAUUCAAUCUGCAGCUGCGCCGCAGCGCAUCAUCAUCCUUCUCGUUAGAAACACCGUCAUCAGACUUUGGAAAACACAAUUUACCUCGAGCCCUGCGAAGUGCACGAUACUUCCCCACCGCAAACUCCACGAGGAAAAACUGCUAUGCGCUGCCGGCCCAGGAAGGACAGGUUUAUCUGAUUCGGGCCUCGUUUCAGCUGCUGGAGGGGGGUUUUCGUCACAGCGCGGGGGGCGACUACCAAAAUAUUAGCGCUUCCGUUUUCGACGUCUCCGUCGACGGUAAUCUCUGGCUCACCGUCUCGCCCGUCACGUCCGAUGACGCAGACCCCGUCUCGCACGAGGCCAUCUUCAUCGCUCAAAGCCACCAAAUUUUCUUCUGCUUGAUCAACACCGGGCUCGGAGACCCUUUUGUCUCAUCUCUAGAGCUCCGACCUCUGCCGGAACUUUCGUAUGGGCGGCUCGCGAAAGGAAGCUUUCUCUCUCUUCUCAGCAGAAUGGACUGCGGCGGGGACGAGACCCAAGGACCCUUGAGGUUUCCGGAGGAUCCUUUCGAUCGGAUUUGGGUUCGAUCGAGCCACAACGUUUCCGGCGGAUCGGUCCAGAGCAUAAGUACAACGCAGGUUUUAACAGCCUCUGAUCUGCCGACGUCUGUGAUGGGGACCGCAUGGUCCCAUGAAACUGAAAUCAGAUUCCGGAUGCACGUGAGGAAGAAGCGUGAGCUCGAUUGUCAAGAGACGACUCGCUUUCUCUCCAUACUGCACUUGCGGACGAUGGGGCGAUCGGAAGAGGUGGCGAGGCAUACUGAGGACUUGCUGCUUUCUUUCAACGAGGAGGGGCUGCUUCCGGAUGAAACGACGAGAAUGUUGGAGAGCACUCGGUGGGACGUUCGCACCAUGGACAGCAAAUCUGAUUUCAUCGAAAGUACGUGGGGAAUAUCUACCUCCUCCUCCUCCUCAAAUCCAGGCGUGGAUCGCUCUGGCUCUGGAGUCGUCCUCAACGCUGCGGAAUUUUACGCUCUGUAUCCUGCUGCAUCUCUUACUGACAAGAAGGACGUGAUUGCGGUUUCCAAUCUUCAAAAAAGCUUGAAUUUGUCGAUCGCCUGGACUGGUGACCCUUGCCUACCGAUUUCAUGGGACUGGAUCGUUUGCGACUCCCACGACCCGCCGAGAAUCACCUCACUGUUGCUGAAUAACACGGAGUUCGUCGGUGCCAUUCCUGAUCUUAGUGGUUUCGAGAAAGUGGAGAAGAUCAGAGUUGUAAACGAAGAUACAAGCGUCAAGGUGGCAAAAGCCUCAUCUAGCCGACGAUUUCUUCAAUAUCUGGUCAGAUGUCCAGGCAGCAAUGGCAGCGGGAGACUAUGCCCGUCAAUCAAAGCUGCCAGCACCAACAGCCCUGAUGAUGCUUCACAGCAGUACACAGACGAAAGGCAAGCGCAGUGGAAACGGGUUCUCAACUCCACCGCGUUCAUCGCCGUGGCAUCGGUUCUCGCCUACCUCGCACUGAUCGCCAUCACCGUCGGCAUCGUCGUGCAAGCUCGAAGAGAUCUCUGCCCCGCAGACGUCGUAGAAGAUGCAAACGACAUCGACGUCGAAACAGGCCUCCAUCCUCCUCCCCCUCCUCCCCCUCCGCCGCCAGCAACUUCCCCGCCUCCAACCGCUCCCCCUCCCCCUCCUCAAGCCGAUCAGAUCAGCAGGGAAACUGAGAGCUUGAGCUUCGCCACGAGCAGGACGGAUUUGAUCGGCAAAAAGGGGACCCGCAGUGACGAGUAAAUCGUGAUGCUUUCACGAGACCAAUGUACAACGCGAGUAGUUAGUCUUGUCAGGCGGGGGGCGAGUUUUUGGAUGCAUGCGUGUACAGCGAGGAUUUGGGCCCCGUGUUUUCCCGUUCCUUGUGGUUCUUUUGUUUCACGGUCGGUGGGUGUAUGGUCUGCCCCCAUCUGCUCACGCUUCUCAUGUCAUGUAUCUUCGCUAUGCGCACGGAUUCUUGUACAGCAGCAACUUAUGUAGAGAGUGUAUCAAAGUAGAGUACCAUAUUUUCUCCCCCGUUCUUCGGACCGUACCGGUCAGCAUGUAGCUCUCAGCCAGUGGAUAGAGAAAAAUGGGGAAGAUCCCAUCAGCGCACAAGGGUCAAGCCCUUUUAUGCAUAUAUUAAUAUUAUGAAUUUCAACUU